AUUUGCGCCAUUGGUCGAUCUUCCGGGCCGUGAUGGCGGUGCUGCGUGUGCGCACUAGCUCCGAGCCCGCCUCCGGGGAGGGGGAGCUCGCCAGCCGGGGCUAGAGAAGGCAGACCCUGCUCCGCCCGGGUGAAAGGGCGGCGACGGCGCUGGGCGGGGCCGAGCUCCAGGGCUGGCUGCUGGGCUGCUAAGGGAACUGUGAGCCGUUCGGAGCCGCGCGCCUCCCGGGCGGGGCGGGGCCGGCCGAGGGAGCCCGCGCGUGCCCGCGCUGAGCUGCCUGCUUUGGCUACUGCGCUGCUCGCUUGCGGCGACGUCGGGCAGGUUUUUCCAGGAUGACCGAGCUGAGGCAGAGGGUGGCCCACGAGCCGGAUGCGCCGCCCGAGGACAAGGAGUCAGAGUCAGAAGCAAAGGUAGAUGGAGAGACCGCGUCGGACAGUGAGAGCCGGACAGAAUCUGCUCCCCCGCCAGUCUCUGCAGAUGAUACCCCGGAGGUCCUCAAUAGGGCUCUUUCCAACUUGUCUUCAAGAUGGAAGAACUGGUGGGUGAGAGGCAUCCUGACUUUGGCCAUGAUUGCAUUUUUCUUCAUCAUCAUUUACCUGGGACCAAUGGUUUUAAUGAUAAUCGUGAUGUGUGUUCAGAUUAAGUGUUUCCAUGAGAUAAUCACUAUUGGCUACAACGUCUACCACUCUUAUGACCUGCCCUGGUUCAGGACCCUCAGCUGGUACUUCCUCCUGUGUGUAAACUAUUUCUUCUAUGGUGAGACAGUGACAGAUUACUUCUUCACCCUGGUCCAGAGAGAAGAGCCUUUGCGGAUUCUCAGUAAAUACCACCGGUUCAUUUCCUUUACUCUCUAUCUAAUAGGAUUCUGCAUGUUUGUACUGAGUCUGGUCAAGAAGCAUUAUCGACUGCAGUUCUACAUGUUUGGCUGGACCCAUGUGACGUUACUUAUUGUUGUAACACAGUCACAUCUUGUGAUCCACAACCUAUUUGAAGGAAUGAUCUGGUUCAUUGUCCCCAUAUCUUGUGUGAUCUGUAAUGACAUCAUGGCCUAUAUGUUUGGCUUUUUCUUUGGUCGGACCCCACUCAUCAAGCUCUCCCCGAAGAAGACCUGGGAAGGCUUCAUUGGGGGCUUCUUUGCUACUGUGGUGUUUGGCCUUCUGCUGUCCUACGUGAUGUCCGGGUACAGAUGCUUUGUCUGCCCUGUGGAGUACAACAACGACACCAACAGCUUCACUGUGGACUGUGAGCCCUCAGACCUGUUUCGCUUGCAGGAGUACAACAUUCCUGGGGUGAUCCAGUCAGUCAUUGGCUGGAAAACGGUCCGGAUGUACCCCUUCCAGAUUCACAGCAUCGCCCUCUCUACUUUUGCCUCGCUCAUUGGCCCCUUUGGAGGAUUCUUUGCAAGUGGAUUCAAGCGAGCAUUUAAAAUCAAAGACUUUGCCAAUACCAUUCCUGGCCAUGGAGGGAUCAUGGAUCGCUUUGACUGCCAGUAUCUGAUGGCCACUUUUGUCAAUGUAUACAUCGCCAGUUUUAUCAGAGGCCCUAACCCAAGCAAACUGAUUCAGCAGUUCCUGACCUUACGGCCAGAUCAGCAGCUCCACAUCUUCAACACGCUGCAGUCUCAUCUGAUCGACAAGGGGAUGCUGACAUCCGCCACAGAGGAUGAGUAGGGGCCACCCAGGGCCAGGAGAACAGGAACGGAACUGAGCAGGGGCAGGUCUCCAAGACAAGCCCAGCUGGUGUGACUUAGACAAUGACAAGGCUUCAACUCACUGUCUUUUUUUUUUUGUAGGUUGUUUUUUAUUUGUGGGUUCAAAAAAUCUGUAUAUACAGUCUAUGUGUUUAGAAUUUAUGUUGUAAGUAAACUACAGCUUUGAGUUGGAAAGAGGUCAUCGGGGUAAAACCAUUUUUUUUUUUUUUUAAACAAAAGUAUCAAUAAUCUGGAAGACAGUGUUGCCCAGGUCAGGAAUGUUUUUGUGGUAGUUCCAGCCCCCAUCAAUUGAACUAUUUCUGGGCUCAGUCAGACACAGACAUUCAUCUGUGUCUGACCAAAUCAGGGGGCUUCCCUUCCUGUGUGGGGAGGCACAGCUUGGAUGUCUUGUACACCUGGUCUUUUCUAGAAAUCCCUGCUUUGAGCUGCAGAAGAGUUGCCUUCCGUAGGUCGGAGGAACGAAGGCUUACUAACCAGAUAAGCCUUCUAUCCACACCAAAAUCAUGCAGAAUGUAACUAAGCUCUGCUUUAUAAGAUGGUUUCACCUUCAUCGCAGACUGAAAGUUUCAGUUUUUAUUUUUUUCAGAAAGCACGAAAAAUUAUUUAUAAUAGUCUGGAGAAAAAAACACACUGUAAUAAUUCAAGUAUAUGCAGUAGAAUGUACUGUAACUGAGCCCUUUCCCACAUGUCUAGGCUCCAGUGUCUCAAGUCCACCUAACCGUGUCUUUUCAGGGAUGAUGCCAUCCACGUUUGUGCUGUAGACUUGCUGCUGCUGAAUCCUUUCUGGGGACUUUCCCAUUGGGCAGGGAGCAGAGGGCUUCUCGUUCAUGUACCCUUUGCUUGAACACCCAUGUAGCUGCUGUGUAUGUAUAUAUUACUCUUUAGAGGAGUGUGUGUGUCUGUUUAUUUUAAAAGUCACUUAUUUCUUACAGUGAUUUCAAUUGUACCAUGACUUCUUCACUGAAACCACAAAGUCCUGCUUGAAACUAUGGAAAAGCUAACCUGAUUAGAGGCUUGACUAUUUUUAAGAUUAAAUGCAUACUUUUAAUAUAAUGUGACCAAUUUAAAUGUAGUUUGUAUUUUACUGGGGGACCUUUUGUUGUUGUUGUUUGCUUAAACUGUGAUUUUUUUUUCCCCUCCCUAAUUUCAGGGGUGAGAUUGACUUUGGGAAGACAGAUUAGUUCUUUGUCAGGCCAACAAGCAAUGGAGUGCGUGAGAGAGAACUUGGUGCCCAAAUAUAUUAAAUUAUUCCGUGCCAUGGAUGUUUUCAUUGCCAAUGAGGGUGUAAUUACUUGUUUCAGCACCUUGGUCUAGUGCUGGUUUGUGGUGGGUUUGUUUGUAAAUUAGCCUCAUCACCUUCCUGAAAGCACACAGUCAGCCCAGGUCUCUGGAGCCUCCAGGAGAGGAUGGAGCCCCAGGAUGUUUCAGCUCACAUAUCCCUGAGUGACCUCACACGUGCGUGCGGGGCUGAAGCAGCUUCUUUCCUCUGAACUUGUAUUUCCAUUUCAGCCUUGUGGCUUUUCUUAUUCAGGUCCAAGGCUCCUUAAAAACAAAAUAUAUUAUUGCAAGGGGUUUCAGGGUUUCAUUUCAGUACUCACUGUGUGACCCCAGGUGGGAUGCAUCACUCUCAAGGGCCUCUUUUUCAGAGCUACUCCCAAUUCCACUCUUUUGCGAUUUUGGCUGAGCAAGUUCAUGUCACUAGAGGCUCACUGAGUGAGGUCCUGGGCACCCCCAAAUGGGUAGUGCUUUCAGGCCCUUACAUGCUUAUCCUCAAGGUGAAUAGGUAUCUCAGCAGCACACCUGAACAGUGAAGGUGAUCGAUAAUGAAACUGUAGUUUUCAGAUUGAACAACGAACCUGGAUCACCAAACUAGAUACCGAAAGGGCUCCUUAUUUGUCUCUUUUGUCCAAUUGUGGGCAUAUGGUGGGCUCCUUGAGAGGAGGGAGUCUCAGCUGGGGCCCUGGCUGCAGAGAGCUGCUCUUGAAUAGGGCUGCCUCUGGGAUCAGGGAGCUGAGCAUACCAGGCAAGGCUCAUGUUCCUUUGUGGAAGUGGUCACUGGGUAGGGGGUGGGGUGCAGAAGGUGGUACCUAGGAAGCCAAAGCUGGGUGCUCACUAGAGCUGCUAGCAGGCAGGCCAGAGGGUCAGCUUGUGUUUUAUUUUCUGAUUUCCCCUGCAUGCUUUCUGGAGAUGAGGAAUUUUCAUCAGGUAGCUAGGAGAGUGUCGCCACCUUGUGUCCAUAUAUAGCACAUUUUGCCUAUUCACAGACAAGAUUCAAGAAACUAUUUUUAUGUAUAUACAUUCAGAUCUUAAUGAAUGGCAUCACUUGCUGUAGACCCAUUUUUUUUUUUUUUGGUUGGAAAUAAAAUGUGACUGCAACUGUGUGCCCUCCAUUGUGAAUGCCCUGCUUAUUACUUUCAUUGUAGUUUUAUGCUUCCCAUUUGUUUAUGUAUUCAUAAAUAUUGCAUAGUCCUCAUUCAGAGACUUUUGCUUUGCUUUCCAGCUUGUAUCCCUACAUUCUCACAACAGCCUUCUUACCUUGGAUGUGAGUCAUGAGCACCUUACCAGGCAGGGCGCUUCCCCAGGAUAGUGUGGUGGAGUCGGGAAUCACUCCAUCCUGCGCUUUACCCACAGGACAUCUGGAGAGUCUCCCAGCCCCGCUUGCUUUUGUGUGUUGUGAGUACACUGAGGUGUUGCAGCUUUCCUCUAGCUCAGGAGGCCUGGCCUGAGCCAGGUUGGAGCUUAAACUGCUGUUGGCUCCUACCUGGUAGUAUAAAGAGUUGAUGAACAAGGGCUGAUGGGCAUCCCCCCAGCCCCUGGGAGCUCUGCUCAUGACUGCUUACAGGACACUGAGUCUUUGCCUUUUGUGUGUUUGCAUGCUGCUGCUUAACUGCUUUUCAUAUUUAAAAAGGUUCCGUUUAUAUUUAUCCCUGAAAGUGAAACCGUCUUAGCUCAUUUCGUAUUCUGGGAGUUUUAGUAGCUACAGUAUUUUGCAUUUAAAAUGUAAUUACUCUUAGUAUUAUACAUCCCUAUAAUGUAUGAGAACUAGUUUCACAUGCUUUGAAACUAGUCUCUUUCAUUGGGGGAUAUAACUUUUGACUUUACACAGGUGGACUUUGAAACCAUUUUUAUAGAUUUUUUUUCCACUGGGUUUUUAUCCUGUAACUUGACCUAUAUCAUGCAAGAAAAUCCCAAAAAUAUGUUUUAAGGGGGACUACAUAGACCUUGUGAUUUGGGGCUGAGCUAGUUGCUGAGUUGACUGGAGCCUUAUUUGAAUGGAUCCUUGAGUUGAGAUCGUCACACUGUCAGUGAGCCCUUGGCUGGCUCAAGUCCGUGUCCACUGUUGACAGAGUUGGGUAGUGGAAGGGUGUAAAUGACUUGGGAUGGAGUGUCCUUGCUCAGAAAACUGUGAAGCAGGGGCCUUGUUAGUUACAAAGCCAGCCUUAGAUGCAUGUCCAAGGAAGUGGAUUUUCAUCAUUCUACUAAAUGUGGUAUGUCACUGCUAAAGCCUCUCCCUGUUUUGGUAAUAUCUUAGGCACUGUUGUCUUUUGUCUUCCAGAGUAACACACCUGGGCCCACCUUUCUUGCACUCUGAUUACGUGCUAAGAAAAGGGUGAAGUUGGGAGGUGGACAAUUUCACUUGGACCGAGGUUCCUGUUCUUCUGAGGUCAGGGUAGGGAGAAUGUCCAGGUGACUUUUGUGGACAUACUGCAAGACAGUAAGCUACGGAUGGAUUCUCACUUGUGUUUUGGAACCCAGGGCUCCAAGGAGCAGGUGGACCAAACUGUGGGCUCCUGAAGAUGGUGGCUAAUACUUGGGCAGAGCCUCAUAUUCUUCCCUGUCUUGGUCAAAACAAAGUUCCUUUUCCCUUUAUCACCCUCACACGUUUGCCCAGCAGCCAGUUUUUAAAGAGAUGAACAACUCUCAUUUUCUGACUCAGUUUCUCUCCUUGGGUGGGGGUCUUGUGCCACAACCUGCAUGGGGUUCUAGGGUUUAAACCAAGUGGUGAUGAAGGAUUCUUAUCUCAGGGCUCUGCCUGGCCCACCUUUUCUUGAGCCUGGACUGUUCUCAUCCACAUCCCUGCAGAAGGUGGGCCCUAUUCUCAGAAGAGUCCCGGCUGCUGUUGCCAUUUGAACAUGCCCCCACUCUUCAGGUUGACCAGCAGUGGCCUUCUGUGGCCUCUCAGGUGGAUGGAGGCUGUUCUCACCUGGGGCUAUUUCUUGAUUAAAGCUGUCACCUGUUUGUAUGGGGACCAUGUUUCCCAGGACACGUUGCAAUUUAGGAGGUUAUCCUUUGGAUGCUGAAGUGUUGGGGCUUUCAGGACAUGUAGAUGGUUUAUGAGAAUAGAAGGGCAGAAUAUGUGAAGUCUAGGGUUUUGUGGCCAGUGGGUUUUGAAUUUGUUGGCUGUUUAAAGACCCUGUCCUCUUCCCAACCCUCCCCUUCCUUUCUCCAUCAAAUGCCUACCUACUGAGGCACCUUCUCUUCUUAUUCAUGAGCCAAUGAGAUAUCAGUGUGUUUAUUAAUAAGGAUAGCAACAGUAUAGUGCUUAAUAUGUGCUUGGCAUAGUGCCAAGGGUUUACAUACAUUAUCCCUUUUAAUCUGGAAAACAACCUUUGAAUUAGGUAUUAUCCCCAUUUAUAGAUGAGGAAACUGAGGCAGUACGACUGAGACCGAGAGCAGUGGUUAAGAAGACAGACUUUGGGAUCAAAUCACUCUAGGUGCGGGCAGGUUACUAGGCUGCUCUAAGCUUCAACCUUUAAGUCAGUUGGGUCUGAUAAUAUUACCUUCUUCCCGGGGUGGUUGUGAGGGUAUAAUGAGAUCAUGCAUGUAAGCAUUUAGCACUGUGCCGGGCACAUAGUAAGUGCUCAAUAAAUGGUAGUUACUUUUGUUGAGCUCAGCUGGUAGUUUGACUUCCAUUGGUGCAAUGCCAGAGAUGGGAUUCUCAGCCACCGCACUACACCACCCUGCACACAGCCUGGGUCCCUCUGAGAGAAGCAGGCCAGCCUUAACAUCCUCUGAAGCAUCUUGGUGCUUCACACACCUUUAGGAGGCCAGCCUAACAAGAUGCAAGAGGACAUGAGGGUGUGCAGAAGUUCUGUUCUUAGUGGGAAUGGCUGGCCUGAGACUCCAGCUCACCUCCUCUGCCCAUGGUCUGGACUGCUUGUGGGAAGGAGGCCGUCUUUUUCUGCCUGGUGGUGCCUCCCCUCUGGGCAAGGAGGGCCUGUCUGUGACUUGCUGUGGACCCCACUUCCCCCUCUGGCCAAGGGCUGUGUUCUGUGCACAUAGCUCAGGAACCUGCAGCAGUUCCCUAUAUGGGUGGAUGUUAUCAGGGGCCAAGAAGAGUGGGGACAACAGAAACCUGCUUUGUAGGGGAUUAUGUAGACUAAAAGCCUAGAAGCUCUGCCCACAUCCUUAUGACUCAGCCAAUCUGGAGCUUCAUGUUUCCUUCUUAAAAGUAGUAACAGAUAGAAGUGGGUGACCCAUUGAGGACACAUGAUGUGAGGUAUUUCUCCCACAUUUUAUGUUAGCAAAGACUCAGAUGGGUGACUCAUAAAUGAAGGGAGAAGAGGCACAAGACUGAAUGAAGAGUUUCUUUCUUUCUUUCUUUCUUUUUUUUUUUUUAAGAUGGGGUUUCACCAUGAUGGCCAGGCUGGUCUUGAACUCCUGACCUCAGGUGAUCCACCCAUCUCGGCGUCCCAAAUUGCUAGGAUUACAGGCAUGAGCCACCAUGCCUGGCCUGAAGAGUUUUUUUUAACUUAGUUUUCUGAAGGGGGAUGGGGAGUUGUGGCAUGUGUGUGUGUAAGGGGAGGCCACUUCACUUUGAAGGAAUGGUGUUGGCUAACAGGAUCCAUGGAAUUCUAGUUAAUUGAAUAAUAACUUUGAACUACUGGUUUGACUGUGGAUUAUUUCCUGGGUAUUAGUGGGACCCAAGAGCACAUUGCUAUUAAUAUAUGGAAAUAAUGGUCUCUCUGCUUCAGUGAAUUAAUGAAGUAAUGAUAAUACCAUGAACCAGGAGAAGAUGGUUAGGGGGUUCUAGGAAGCAGCUGCUAUGAUGGGCCAAUCCCAGGCUUGCCCCGGAGCCCUCUCUCCUUUCUGGGUUUGUGUUUGCCUGGCCUGGCCCUUCCUCCCUCAUUGUGCUGUUGAAUGGACCCAGGCAGCCUUGUAUCCAUAGACAACCUUCACUCUUGGGGGUAAGGGCCCUCUGGAAAUCAAGCAGAGAAAGCUCUUGCAGUCGUCUCCCGGACAUUGGGCAGAGCCUAGCCCUUUGCAGCCCCCAGAGGACUUCCCUGCAUAAAGCACUUGGUGGGGUUAGCCACCUGGUGAUUCUGUCUAGUGAAACUGUUUGCUGAUAAUAUCCACAUAGCCUUCUCUGUCCUCGCCGUUUGGAUGCCUCUUUUUCACCUGCGUUAGGUUCUUGUACUUUUUAUGCUGGCUUUUCUUAAAGGAACACCAGAGUAGAAAAGGGGUUAAGAAUGUUUUCUAGCAGGCAGGAUGUGCAUACAUGUUUUUUAUGAGUGUCCUUUGUGUGCUGUUUCUUUUAAAUCCUCCAUGCACAGGGCUCCGGCCUUUAGUAAACCCUGUUUUUCUGUCUUACGCCAUGCUGGCUGGGUGGUAGGGGCUGAUUGCAAAGGGGAAGAGUUGAACAGACAUCAGGAGCCAAUGAAAUCAAAGGACUAGGAGUCAGGAGAACAAGGCAGGGACUAGGAGACAGUGGUUUGGUUUAUUGUUAUCCAGCUGGAGGACUCAUAGGGGCAGCAGCAGGAGGAACACGGGGGCCAGGGAGGGGCCAGGAGUCCCACAGUGGAGGGCAGAGUCUUUCAACAGGGGCCAGCUGAAUGCUCGCUGACCCUGGAUGUCAUGUGAGUUGGGGACCAGAAAUCUGGGCUCAGAGAACCUGUCCAGGGAGAUUUGAAGCCAUGGGUUAUCUUCUAGAGUUGAUGCUGACACCAAGUUUUAAUUUUUAUUGAUGUUUAACACCUAAAACAGGAGGGUGAGAUCAGAUGGCAAGCCCCUCUGUUGAAGGAUCACGGGAACCUUGGUGUUUUUUGGUUGAGUUAUGCACAGCUGUGGACAUCCUUCUUAAUUCUCUCCACUCUGAGGAUUUGUUUAACUAGAAAGUUCCCAGACACAGAAAUGGCCUCCCCACCUCCUUAGGGGAGCUGUCUGCUGGGAGUGCCAGGCGUCCCAUGGGACCCAUCACUGCCAGUGUCUGUGCCUCCCAGAGGUCAGCCUUGUGUCUGCCCUGGCCCUGUCUCCUCUGUGACAGGGCAGAGCAUUUCUGGUCAGUUUCUCUGUGGUGCCCCCUGCCCUUUUGUAAAGUGGAUGGACAUGGUGGAAUUCAGUUGUCUAACCCUGAUAACCUGGGUGUUGAUAUUCACUUUUCCUGCACUCAGACACGGGCGACCUUGAAGCAGCUCUCGGUGUGCAGAGUUCACGUGACAGUCCCCACAGCCUCCCCAGAUAGGUGUGUGCCUGUGCGCUACUGCUGUGCCAUUUCCCCAACUUGGCGUUUCACUAAAUGCAGCUGAUCUCCCUCUGUGCACUCGUGAUCUGUGUUGAACAAUACGUGUAGCUUCUUUUUCCACACAAUGUAAGGACAUGAUAUACUGUACAUUGGAAAGCAUUUACCUUAUUUAUAUACCUGAAUGUUCCUACUACACAAAUAAACAUAUAUUAAAUUCUA